CGGUUUUGAUUUGUGGAAUAUUUUAAACUCUAAAGGAAUUUUAUCACUCUUUUUUGGUUUAUUUUGCACAAUUCGAUAUCUUCUCUGAAUAAUAUCACUAGCACACUGCUUCUUAUCCUCUACUAUUUUAACUCUUAGUUAAAACUAUGUCGGGCGACAACGGAUUCAACAACGACGAUUCUCCCAACAAAACAUUAACUCAUCUCCAGCUUCCGAGCCCUAUAAUAACAAGGCGAAACCGUACAGCAUCCACGUCUGAACGUGCGCUUCAAAAUCCUCUGGAACACGGAAAAAUCAAAUCCUUUUGUCGCCAAAAAGGUCACGGGUUCGUGACCUCCGAUAGAGGAGGAGAAGACAUCUUUCUUCACAUAUCAGACAUUGAAGGUGAGUAUGUGCCCCUGCCUGGAGACGAAGUAGUUUACCGUCUGUGUCCGAUCCCUCCAAAGUUUGAGAAAUGCCAAGCUGUCCACGUCCGGAUCGUCCAGUUAGUUCAUGAGAAACAUUCCAAGUGGCAUGAACCUCUGUAAACUAACUACGUACCCAGUAUUACCACGACGCCAUUGCAAUCCCUGCAAACCCCCACUUACUAGUAUAAGGCCUAAUUUUAUAUUAUACAAGUAUUGCAUUUACACGAAGUUUGAUGGACUUUUGAUAAGUGGUGCUAAAUUUUUUGAAGGUUAACCACCUAGUAGGAUUUUGUAUGAACGAAUGACUUCUGGUGUUAUUUAUGUACUUAGUAACUAUGUUAUAGUUUUUGUCAUUUUGUGUUCGCACAAAAAAUAUGCACAAGAUUUUCCCACAAUAUAAAUAGUAUGCAAUAGAGUAACUUGCUGUGUUCUCAAUGGUGGCACUUCACAUGGCUAUUGGUAUUUGCUAUUGGCUAUUUGUUGUAUUUGGCAAAAUUAUUGACAUAUACACAAACAAGCAUAUAAAGGCAAAAUAUACAGCCUUCCACACAUGGAUGUCAAAUACCAAACUUUUACUUGAUUUUGUUUACUUGCCUAUUUGACUCUUUUGAUGUGCGUCAAAAACCGACAAAGGUUACGUGUAUUUGGUAUUGAUCGUAUUUGGAAAAUAAGGCCAAUACUUUGUCAAACCAACAUGCCCAGAAGUUUACGCAAGUGCAACAGAAAUAUUAGCUAGUUUUAGUUGUUUGUUAGUCACAUGGCACAAGAUAGUCUACUGUAUACUAUUUACAUUGUGGUUUUAUGAUGACUCGUAGUUGUAUAGUAUUGUGUUAUUGCUUAUUCAAUGAAUUUCAAUGCAUUCCUUAUUGAAAACAUGAACUUAUGUUUUAAUUUUUACAAUAAGAAAGUGAUUAUUUUUGCUACAAAUACAAUGUAAGAAAUAAUUUUCAGCACAAUAAAGCCAAGCUUUUCAUUAAGUAUAUAUGUCAUACUGUAGUCAGGUUAUAUAAGUU